AUGCUCGUGAUAACUGGUAAAGGAAGAGCAGGAAGCGAUAGAGAAAAAAUCUGUAAUAUUCCAUUUCAUAUGUCUAUUCGCUUUGAUGAAGGAAAGGCAAGCCUUUUUUUUUCUACUUCAAUAAGUAAUUGGUUAUUGUUCUGCUAUGAAAAUUUGAAGAUAGUAUUUAAUGCAUUUGAAAAUGAGAAAUGGGGUGAAGAAGAACGCAAAGAGAAUCCAUUCAAGAGAGACCAGUUUAUUGAUAUUAUAAUCCGCGUCCAUGAGCAAGAUUUCGAGAUUACAUGUGAUCGAAGAGAAUUGGCUAAUUUCAAGCAUCGUUUACCGAUUUCGUUGAUCGAAGGCAUUCAGUUCGAUGGAGGCUUUUAUCCACAUGAAAUCAUAGAUUUCAUGGGGCGAUAUUAUGUUAAUGAUUUUUCCUUGAUUUGUCUUGAGAAAUAUUCAAGAAGUAUGCUUUUCCGAGAACCAAUUCCAUAUGAAAUUACAAUGCCAAAAGAAUGGGAAGGAUUAUCAAUUCUAGGGCGACCAAAACGAGAUGCUUCAAGAUUCUUUAUAAAUUUUUUCAAUAAUAAAAACGAUAUUUUGCUACAAUUCAAUCCAAGAUUCGAUGAAAAUGUUUGUUUAUUUUAUAAAUUAUUAAAUAUUUAA